AUGGGCGGCUUCGGAGCGGCGCUCGGAACAGCAGCAGCGACGACGACCCCGGCCCCGGCGGCGGCGGCGGCCGCGGCGGCCGGGCCGGGAGACUACCGAGGGCAGGUAUUGGAGAUCUACAACAAGUACAACCCGAGCAAGCUGGGCGAAGUGGACACCAUCCUCAAGAAAUAUGCUGGUCGAGAGGCGACCCUGAUCGAGAAGCUCAAGAAGAAGUACAACGUACCGGCCGGUGCGACCGGCGCUGCCGGCGCCGCGUCGCCGUUCACCACCCCAAGCAAGCCCGCCGCCGCUGGUGCCUCUGCGGCCGGUAAUUUGUUCGGAUCGGCGGCGGCGGCGGCGACGCCGUCACCGUUCGGAGCCGGAGUGGGAUUCGGCGCCGCGAAGCCGACGGGGUUUGGCGUUGGGGGCGGGUUCGGUCAGUCCCCAGCUGCCCCGUCACCCUUCGGACAGCAAACGCCUGCUGCCGCCGCUCCAGCACCAGCCGCGUUCGGCUUCGGCGCUACCGCCACCCAGGUCUCUAGCACCCCCAGCCCGUUCGGCGCCCCGGCCGCCACGGCUGCUCCCACCCCGUCUCCGUUUGGAGCUGCCGCCCCCGCCCCUUCCCCGUUCGGGGCUACCCCGGCCGCCGCACCGGCCGCUUCACCGUUCGGAGCUCCAGCCGCCGCCGCCGCCGCCGCUCCCGGCGCUUCGCCGUUUGCUGCUGCGCCGGCCGGGCGAGGUGACCCCGCGGUACUUCGGGCGUGGAUGCAGGAGGUGUACACCAAGUUUAAGCCGGAGAACGUGCCGAAGAUCGACCGGCUUCUGGUGAAGUACACGAACAACGAGUGGAAGAUGAUCGAGGGCAUCCUGAAGAAGUAUGCCCAGUACGGCGUAGGGCCCCCCGCCGGAUGGUCGGCGCCCGGAGGCGCGGCUCCGGCGCCGGCGGCGUCCCAGCCGGCUCCCAUGGGCUUCGGCCAGACGGCGCAGCCCGCCUUCGGCCAAGCAUCCGGGUUCGGCGGAGCGACCUCGGGUUUCGGCCAACAGCAGCCACAGCAGCAGCCACAGCAGCAGACUCCUUUCGGACAACCGCCCCAAACUGGCUUCGAAACGCGGGAAGGAGUGCAGCACGACCUAUUGUAA